CGCCAUUACAACAGCGCUGUGUGAAUGUAAACAAAACUUAAGAAAAAAGAACAAUUAUUAAUGCGGUUUUUACGACAAUUUAAGAGCAUUUUACAAUUGGCAAGUGUUAAUGUUAAAAGUUAAUACACUCUCCCACUCUUUCGGCUGUUUUAAACACUUUUUGCAAACUCUAUUAAUUCAUAAAACCCUUUGUUGUGACGAGUGAACCGCCAAGUGGCACAGGGCACGUGUUGAUUUACUUGUUGUUUUUAUUUUAACAUUAUUUUCCGGCAGCAUCUGAAAGCAAAACAAAGAAUUUGUAGCGAACUUUCCUGGUUUCCUAAAAUGCAAAGCCCCAAAAGUGUACGAAAUGCCCAGACGCAACAUGGCGAGGGCUCAUCUGUGGACGUGGAGAACAUAUUCCUGCACAGAUUCAUGUUAUCCCUGGAACCGGUGCUGGAAGUAAAUAAUAUUGGUGGUCAAGAUGCGUCUGCUUCCCCUGCGCCGGAAUGUGUAUGGUUUCACAGUGUCACAGAUGUUGAGACUGCAGAAAAGGAAGAUCCUAGUCCUACGGUUUCAUUAACAAAAGAACUAACUGAAGAAUCAUCUGCAACGGAGAAACGAAAAGCUGAAUCCACGGAGGAUGAAGGUAAAGCGAAAAAGGCUAAGUUCGACGACGACAAGGACCGCAAAACCAAGCGACCCGGUUUUAGUGACGAAAGAUACGACGAGACAUCGUAUUAUUUUGAAAAUGGCCUUAGAAAGGUUUAUCCCUAUUUCUUCACCUUUACAACAUUCGCCAAAGGACGCUGGGUUGACGAGAAGAUACUCGAUGUCUUUGUUCGUGAGUUCCGGGCAGCACCGCCAGAAGAAUACGAACGCAGCUUGGAGGCUGGGAAGUUGACGGUUAAUAACGAGAAGGUUCCCAAGGACUAUAAAAUCAAACAUAACGAUCUGCUGGCCAAUGUCGUUCACAGACACGAAGUCCCUGUUACUUCACAGCCCAUUAAGAUAGUGUAUAUGGAUAAGGAUAUUGUGGUAGUAAAUAAGCCGGCGUCGAUACCAGUUCAUCCCUGCGGUCGCUAUAGACACAACACUGUGGUUUUUAUACUGGCCAAGGAGUACAAUCUGAAAAACCUGAGAACCAUACAUCGAUUGGAUAGACUCACCUCUGGUUUGCUUUUAUUUGGACGCACCGCCGAUAAGGCCCGGGAAUUAGAGCAGCAAAUUCGAACGAGACAAGUGAAGAAGGAAUACGUGUGUAGAGUAGAAGGACGUUUUCCCGACGGCAUUGUUGAGUGCAGUGAACCGAUUGACGUGGUUAGCUACAAAAUUGGUGUUUGUAGGGUCUCGCCCAAGGGAAAGGACUGUAAGACCACUUUUCAACGAAUUGGCGAGGAUGGCGACUGCAGCAUUGUUCACUGCAAACCACUCACAGGACGAAUGCAUCAAAUCCGAGUGCAUUUACAAUAUUUGGGUUAUCCCAUUUCCAAUGAUCCCUUGUACAACCAUGAAGUAUUUGGUCCCUUGAAGGGUAAGGGAGGCGAUAUUGGUGGAAUAAGUGACGAGCAGCUGAUUAAUAAUUUAAUUAGCAUACAUAAUGCUGAAAACUGGUUAGGCGUUGAGGGAGAAAUCAAGGAGGAAAUAAAGAGUUCCGCAGACGAUAAAGUACAAAGAGAAAUUAAGGCUGAGCCUGUGAUGGCGGUUUCAGUAAAGGAGCCAAAUGCUGAUGCUACUACACAAACUUGCCAUGAGGAACCAGACAGAUCUUAUGAUCUUAAAAAGUGCACCACAGAUCCGCAUUGUCACGAGUGCAAACUUAAUUAUAGGGAACCCGAAGAAAAAGAUCUGAUAAUGUACUUGCAUGCUUGGAAAUACAAGGGCCUCAACUGGGAGUACAAGACAGAGCUUCCUGACUGGGCUUGUAAAACGAAAAUUAAUUACGAAGAGUUGUAAAUCAAUAAAAGUUUUUUCCACUUUUCCACAUCUCUUUCUAUCAUUGACUUUUUUGACACUAUAGAAUUGACUUUAAUAAAUUAUCUGAAAUAUGAUAGGAUUACUUAGCUUAGUAUUAGCUUUGUCUCUAGUAUUUGCACAAAAUCAACAGUUGCAAAACAAUUCAGUUGUAAAUAUAAAACUAGCUCAGCUAGAAAGAAAUAUAAAUAUAAGAGAUUCCGAAACUAA